AUGUUUGAGACAGUCUUCUAUCAUUUUAAGCAUGAGAAAAUUAGCACUGAGAUGGAAUUACUUGAAAUAUUUCUGAAGAUAAGCAAGUACAAUCAUAUAAUCUCAUCUUACUUUAGACUUGUGGAGAUUAAAGAUAGACUUACGUCUCGCAUGGAUAAAUAAAAGUAUGCCUUUUUAUAGAACAUGAUUAUCCAAAGCUAUCUUGCAGUGGAGAAGAAGCAUGAUUUAUAUGAUGCUGAAAAAACUCUUUAAAUUGAAUAAGACAUGGUUUAAUAUAAGUUAUCAAUAAUACAAACUACUUUACAGGUUUAAAGAUUCUGGCUGAAUUUAUCCUCUAAGAACAUUAGCUUAGAGGAACUUAUGGACUAAGGUGACAAAAUAGUUUAAAGCUAUUUGAUUUACUAAUAAAGAUAUGAAUAGUUAAUAAGGUAACAACCAGAUCUAGCUGAAGCUGUUCUUUACCACCUACAGUUUUGCUAAAAUGUAAUGAAUUUUGAAUAGGAAUCAUUGCAUGCAAAUAUUCUAUACAAGAAAAUUCAGGAAAAGAGGAAAAUAGUAUUUCAAAAUCUCUAUAAUAAUUAAAAAAACUAUGCAAUUGUGAUUGUAACUAACAAAAACGGAAAAAAGAAUCAGGUUGUCAUGGUUAACAAAAUAUUUGAAGAUGCUGCAGGAGUUCAGGCACAUCAAGUCAUUGAUAAAAACAUAAAUAAUUUCAUGCCUAUCAUGGUAGCUAUUAAUCAUGACAGACUAAUUGACCAUUAUCUAAAAUCAUAUAAUGGUUCUCCAUAUAAUCGUGUUUAUGAGAGAGUUUGGUUAAAGAAACCAGAUGAAUCAAUUCUUCCUGUCAGAGCAUAGUUAAUAACGUGUGUUUCUUAAACUCACGGUCUACUUUUAGUCGUAUUUGUUGAAAUUGCUCCUCCGAUAGAGUUCAAAAAUAUGUUAUAUCAAAGUACAACUCCAUAUUUCCUUAUUUCAGAUGAACAUGGAUUUAUCUAUAACUCGACUCCUAACUUUGUAGAAAAGUUCUUUAAAACCAAAGAUAGUUUUAUCUAGGACUAUAGAUUCAAGAUAAGUGAUAUUUUUCCAUUUAUUAAUAACUUUACUGAUGAAGAGCUAGAUACAAGCGUUGAAACUAGGAUGAACAAAUACUUUUUUAAUACAAUGAUAGACCAAUAAAAGUUCUUGGAUAUUAAACUGAAGGUGAUAAACUAUAAUUUUAAGCUUGGAAUCAAGGUGAAGGAGUUAAUUUUUGUAGAAUCUUUAAAGACGGUGAUUAAUUUCGAUACUUUAUCUAAUUAAUCAGCAAGCAAUAAUGAAUUGAGUGAUCAGUAUAAGAAUAAUGCUGAACUUUAUGAAUCUAAUGAGGGUACAAACUUUGAAUAUUCAGGGGGCUCACAAAGCUCGUAAUCAAGCAAUGAUGUUUUGUUCAAAAGUUUAGUUUAGAAGAAGAAUGAAUUAGAUAUCAAUCAAUUGCCUACUACAUUUCUUAAUCUAAAGAGAGGAGUUUUCAUAUUCUUUUUCCUUAUGAUUUCUAAUCUAAUAGCUUUACUCACUGUAACUCUAGUAUCUAAUUUCUAAUAUAUUAAAGAUGAGGAAAGCAUUAAAAAUACUAUGUAUCUAAAUAGGGAAUUUUCAAACCUAAGGUUAUCUUUCAGGUUGCUUAUAAUAAUAUCUUAGAGAGGAAAUAACACUGCAUUCUUGGAUUAUUAAGAUAUCAUAAACCACCUAAAUGACUUUUAAUAAUAAAUAUAAACAUUCUAAAAUAGACUUCAACAAGAUGAGCAUAGCAAAGGGACAGAUCUUUAUAAGUUUAUAAAUGACAGAGAACUCAUAUUAGAAGAACUACAAUUAGAUGGAAAUUUUACCACCACAUAAGUCACUUUAAAUACAGGAUUUUAGCAAUUUAUUAGCAAGAUUGUGCCUAUACUUUAGAAAAAUGAAACAUAACUAGUCCAAAUUUUUAAGAAUUUCUUUAUAAUGACCUAGAUGCCAAAUAAGACUUAAACAGAAAGAGAUGCUUGGUUUGUGAUUUAAAAUGGUAAUCACAAUCUUUGGAAUUACUUAUAGCAACUAUCAGAUCUAUAUAUCGAGAUGGGCUAAUCUUGA